GACGCACGCUGAAUCGUCAAUCGUAAACAAACUACACUGACCGCAGAAAAUAUUUGGAAAAUUCGCAUUUUGUGAACGUAAAUAGAACAAGGUUUUCAUCUGUGCCUCACUGAGCCUUUUACUCAAGUCUCAAUUUAACAAAAGUGACAAUUUCCCGGCUUUAUUUACUGCUCCAGUCAUGCCAAAAACGGUGAAAGUGAAAGCAGAAUAUAAACCUCGAGUUUCCGACGAAAUCAUGGAGAGGUUCAUAAAUGAACUUUCUGUGAAUGAGAUUCUGUGGAACAGACGCCACAAAGAUUACACCACAGUCAGCCUCAGGAGAAAGGUCAUCCGGAAGAUUGCAAAGAAUUUAAACUUGACCGCAGAAAAAAUUAUGCAGCUUGUCGAAUAUGUGAAAAAAAGUUUUCAUAAAAACGAGAGAAACAGACACCGGGAAAACCAUCCUCAGUGGAAAUGGUUUGACGAAUGCAUUUUUUUAAGAGAAGAAAGAUGCCAAAAUACGAAUUCUAUGGAGUUGCAAUUUUCGGAUGGCCAGGCAGACGCAAAAGCGGAAGCUUCUGCUUCUCUUCAGCCCACUACUAUUGCUACUACUUCUACCAAGAAUUCUACACCCCAUGAGCCACAGAAAGCCAAGACAGCGAGCGUCUUGGAAGAGUCACUUCCCAUUCGCAGUUGCGAAGCGCCUAAGCCCCAGGAUAUUACGUUGCCAACUAUUGACAACGGAUGUAGAACUCUUACUAAAAAAGUUCUGCCUGAAAAUUCGAAUUCCCGGGAUUUGUAUCCUGCUCCAGACGCGCCGAAAAAAGUACGAGGAGAAUAUCAAGCUCGACUUACCGACGAAGUCAUGCGAAAAUUUCUGAAGGAACUUUCUGUUAAUGAGAUUGUGUGGAACAAACGCCACAAAUAUUACAGGACAGUCAAUCGCAGGCGGAAUACCAUCCGAGAGAUGGCAAAGAAUUUAAACCUGACCGAAGAAAGAAUUAUGCAGCUUGUCGAAUAUGUGAAAAAAAGUUUUUAUAAGAACGAGAGAAAGAGACACCGGGAAAACCAUCCUCAGUGGAAAUGGUUUGAGCAUUGCCUUUAUUUAAGAAAAGAAAGAUGCCAUAAUACGAAUUCCAUCGAGUCGAAAUUUUCGAAUGAUGAGGCAGACACAAGAGCUUCUCCUGUUCUUCAGCCUACUACUACUAUUGCCACUACGUCUACCGAGACUUCUACAUUCCAACAGAACUCAAGAAAAGAAGUAGUUCAGGGAGUUCAGGUCUACCAAACUCCAGAUUCAGAACUCGUGGAAGAGAAAAUUCUUUGUCGCUUCUGUCUGCAGGCCAAGAGCACGGAUUUGCAUCCCUUUUUGGACAUGGCUUACAACAGCAUUCCUUUUUGCAACAUAUACUUCCAAAUUGUCGGAAUCACCUUCAAGAACUACCCAGGAAUGCCAUCAAAGAUUUGCAUUGGCUGCGUGAAGCAGUUAACACAGGCUUACGAUUUCCGAGAGAAAUGCAUGAAAUCAGAGAAUAAGCUUCGCGUGAUGUUCGACGAGUGCUCAGAAGACUCAAAUAUUGAAUUCAUAACUCCGCCGAGCCUUGAUGAAUCGGAAGAGAUAAAGUCAGAAGCGUCAGAUCAGCUACAAAAAUAUGAUGAGCCAGAGGAUAUAAGGUCAGAAGAGUCAGAUCAACUACAAGAACAUGAUGAACUAGAGGAACAGGCAGAAAAUCCCGGUGAACCAGAAGAACAGGCAGUGGAGCCAAAUGAACAAGAAGGGUCAGAAGAUUUUGAAUGGCCGGAGGAGGACUUUGAUGAGUCAUCAGAUGAAGAUAGACCUAUCACAAGUAAACGCCCACUAAGUCGCGAAUGCCCUAAGUGCGGAAGAAUUUUUCGAUCUGAAACUAGUUUCAAUCAGCACAUGGACCAGCAUAACAACUUCCUGCGACAUAAAUGCCAGUAUUGUGAUGAAAGAUUCCCAUAUUGGCUGGCAAGACGUAACCACGUUUACAAGGUGCAUUUGAAGAAGAGUUUUGUGGAAUGCGACAUUUGUAAAAGAGGAUUUACCACAAAAACAUGUUUAGCACUCCAUAAAGAGUCAUUUCAUCAGGAGGAGUCACCAUAUCAGUGUCAUUUGUGUGGGAAGACAUUCAAAAACUCCUUUAACAUGAGUCUUCAUGUUAAAAUGCAUAACGUAAAAGAGGGUGCCGUAAAAUGUGAUAUUUGUGGCAAAAUGAUGGCAUAUGGUUACCUAACAGAGCACAUAACAAGGCACAUGAAGAAGAACAAUACAUUGGAAAAGCUGGAAAAGGUGAAAUGCCCAGUUUGCUUCGUAAAACUCAGUUGCUUUAUUGUGCUCAAGGCUCAUGUCCAGAUUUUUCAUCCGAACAAAGUUCAUCUCGUUGAUCUCAUUCGACCAAAAGCCUCGAAGGAAGAGGCGAAGGAAAAUCCAUCCGAUGAAAAUUAAGAUUAAGUGUUGAAAGAAGUGAAUUUAAGAUUUUUGGUAUUAUGGAUUUGGGUUAAAUACAAAUCACACAAAUUUCA